AUGACCGAAAAUCAGUCUGCCAUUGUUGGUUUGGAGGAAGCGGACCAGCCCAUGACUCGCAAUAGUCAUGUCUCUCUCGACGCUAAACCUGGUCCCAACCGCUCUGAUGGGUCUUCACAACCGCCCGCAUCCAGCGAUAAGACAGACGCCCACACGAAACAGACACAGUCAUCAACCACCAAACAACCAGUGCACCCCGAUAUCGCCGAGGCUCAAGCAACCCUCCGCCAAGCCUUCCCUCAUGUCUAUGCCACCGGCCGCGCCGCUUCCACACGCUCUUCAACGAGCUCUCUUCAGGCCUUGAAUGAAGACAUCGUGGUGGAUGCGCGGUCGGAUCAAGGAAGCGUCGGGCAGAGCCCUCGACGAGAGUCCCGUCACUCCGACACUAGACCCGAAUACCCCGUCUACCCCGAUCAAUCCUACGCCUCGCUCCAGUCUCAAAUACAUCCCACCUAUCAUCUCCGGUCCCGGAGUUCAUACCCAACACAGGCCGAGACAGCUACUCGAAUUGCUCACGUUCGUGCUGCCCGAACGGCGGGAAAUACACCCGUUUCAAGUCCUGGCCUUUUCUCUAUGAGGAGCCCCCGCAACACACCGCCACUUAAUUCUGAAGACGAAGGAUCGCUCGGCAGCCCAUUUCUCCACCCAAGUCACCUCCAACCCCCUAAAGAGACCCACACCGCCGAAGUGGACCGAGAUCUAGUCACUGGCAACAAGGUCAUCAAUCAGUACGAGAUUCUCGAGGAGCUCGGCCGAGGAGAGCAUGGUAAGGUCAAGCUUGGUCAGCACGUCGCUACCAAGCAGAAAGUUGCCAUCAAGAUUGUCCAACGCUACUCGAAUCGCCGUCGGUUAGGGAAGUUGGGUAACCCAGAAGAUAAAGUAAAGAAAGAGGUCGCCAUCUUGAAAAAGGCCCGGCAUCCAAAUGUUGUCAGUCUUCUCGAGGUCAUCGACGACCCGAACCGACAAAAAGUCUAUAUUGUUUUAGAAUAUGUGGAAAACGGCGAGAUCAUCUGGCGCAAGAAAGGAGUCCGAGAGAUCGUCCACGUUGACAAGUUGCGGCUGGAUCGCGAAAAGGCAGGGAUUCCCGACACUCCGGCAUUUCUGGAAGAAAGCCACCAAUUUAUCCGAACGGCACAAUAUCUCCGCCGACAACGAGAAAAGGCACGACGCCGAGUCGAAGCGCAGGCCGCAGACGCACAACAAGGGCCCAUUCCUGCCUGGAGUUUGGAGCAUGGUGUCGAAUCUUCCGACGAGGAAGAGCAAGGCGAGGGACUGGGACUUUCAAUGCGGCGCUCUUCCACCCGCUCAACCGUGCUCAUCGAUGAAAACUCCCCCAGCCAGUCCUCCGCCAAUGAUUCGCUCGCAGCUGUUGAAGGAAGCAUGUAUGGUGCUUAUUCGGAUUUCCCUUUCGAACGCCGUUUCAGCACCGCUUCCAGCAGCUUUGGCUAUGCCCCGUCUGAACCUGACUGGUCCGCCGAUACUGAUGACCUGUCAUAUGUUCCCUGCCUGACUGUUGCCGAAGCUCGCAGCGCAUUUCGGGAUUCCGUUCUAGGCCUGGAGUACCUUCACUUCCAAGGUAUCAUCCACCGCGACAUCAAACCUGCCAAUCUCCUCGUCACCAGCGGGCACCGAGUCAAAAUCUCCGAUUUUGGCGUUUCCUACCUUGGAAGGCCCAUGCGAGAUGAGGAGGAAGAACAGCUUGGGGAAACUGACGCAACUGAGUUGGAUGAUGCCCGUGAGCUGUCGAAGACGGUCGGCACUCCCGCAUUUUAUGCGCCCGAACUUUGUUACGUUGGCGAUGACUUUGAAGAGACUAUUGGGUCAGUUCCGAAGAUCACUGGUGCCAUUGAUGUUUGGUCUUUGGGCGUCACAUUGUACGGAAUGGUCUUUGGUCGUCUCCCUUUUCUGUCGGAUGACGAGUAUAGCAUGUUCCAGACUAUUGUGAAGAAGGAGGUCUUCAUUCCCCGCAAACGUCUCGUUCCUGUCAUGGAUGAUUCCCUUUGCCAUCUGAAUCUACCUAGGGAUGUUCGCGAUGAUAAUGUGCUUGAAUACGAGGAUAUAGAUGAUGAGUUAUACGAUCUACUUCGUCGUCUUUUGACCAAGGAUCCGAUCAGGCGAAUCACUCUGAAGGAGAUCAAACAUCACCCUUGGACCUUGUACGGGUUGCCUAACCCACAAAUGUGGGUUGAGGAGACGGAUCCCGGUCAGCAGAGCAAGGGCAAGAGAAUCGAGGUUUCCAACGAAGAAGUUACCAGUGCCGUCAGCAAGGUACCAUUCAUCCAACGAGUACGAUCCAACGUGGCUAAAUGGUUUGGUGGUCGGUCCUCGAAGGAUAAACGCAAUGCGAACAAUUCCUCAGAUACGCUCUCUUCAGCCUCGAGCGCGAGCACCUUCGGGAAGGCGUCGCGUGGCGGUGACAGCCGCCGCUCAAGCUUGCGAGGCGAUGAAGAUAUAUUCCGUCUGUCCAAAUUCAGUGGCCAGGGCGAGCAUCCACUCGCUCAGAGUGUCACAGCAAGCCCGGUGGAGGAAGAGUCGUGGGCAUCCUACUUCGAAUCUCUUCCCGUCUUGUCUGAAAACAAGCCUGUCAUUGCUCCAACAGUUACCCCUCGACCGGGCCCUCCCCGACGUGCCAAAUCCUCCAUGUCCACUGCCGAGUCGACCAAGACAGUGAAACAAUCCAGGAUGGACUCUACUCCAACUGGUCGACCACGGUCCGGUGUUACACCAUCUAUUAUUGAAGCCCUCGGCACGACCAGUAUUGGCAGCAUCUUCAGCGGUGCGACUCGACGCGCCUCCGGGGCAUUCGGUAGCCGUAGCCGUCGCUCGUCGCCAACCGGCGAGACACCCUCUCUGGAUGGCGACCGGCGAUCCGAGCCUAGCCUUGCAGUGAGCAAUGCCUCUGCCGUUGGCCACAUGCGAGCCUCCGGCCUAUGGAAUGCCGAUUCUGCUUCAUCUGGGUCCAGGCUAUCGAUGCCAGUGGGCCACCGACGCAAUCGGUCUCAGCAGCUUGCAGGAAAAUCUUCCGCCGAAUCCUUCAAUCUCACCAAGGAGGCGCUCCUCCGCCGUCGAAGGAGUGACAUCGAGCCAAGUGCGGAGAAUGCGCUAGCCCCAAAGCUUGAAAGCGCUAUGUAUUCCACCGAUUCAUUGCAGUUACCAGCAUUGGCUCCUCCCCCCGACCAUGCAUAUGUUGUUGACCCUCACCACGCCGAUCCACCUCAAAAUGGUCUCAACGGGUCAACGCCUUCUGCUGCUACGAUAUCAUCAUCUUCUGCCGACGAUUUCACCAGUGGCAUGUCGCAGAGUGCUUCUCAUCCUAGUAUUCCGUCUGUUGUCUCGGGCGCUUCAUCUCUUUCUGGCGAUGGCCUUUAUUUCGGUUUCAAGGACAGAGAUUCGGAUACUGCGUCCCAGGUACCUUCUAUACUUCGCACAGGCGAGACAGUCAAGGCCCGCCUCCCCGGGUCUCCACGCCCUUCGGAAGAAGAUGAGUCACGGUACUACUGCGACGAUGAGGAAGAAGAAUCUGAUUCGGAGGACGAAGUCCUGGUGAUCGGCAAGAAGAAGCCGCCUCCGAAGUCCGAGAACAAGCCUACUCUCAAGUCGAGUUGA